AUGCCCCAGAAUUCACCGAACAGAUCUUGGACCACCUCCAUCACAUUUGUUGCUCCCUCUUUCGUACGGAUAGGCUCCUUAAUUUCCGGAGGAAAGAAUUCGCAGCGCGUCGACAAAUCCUGGUCCUGUGUGAAACGGUGCCGACCAAUGGCUAAUGCUACUACAGAUGAGUUAGAAAAAGUAAUUCAUGAAAGACUCGAUGUCGGAAAAGUAACUGCAAUGACCCGCGCAGGCACUUCUGGAUGGGCCGUCAUGCACCGAGCUACCACUGACACGGGGAAGCGCCUCUUCAUUAAAGUCAGUAGAGAAGAUGCCUCUAUGUUUCAAGGAGAGGCACAGGGACUUUCAGCUAUGUUUGACACCCAGACAAUCCGCGUCCCUGAGGUGUUUCAGUACGGUCAGCUUUCAAGCGUACAAGGGUCUUACAUAAUUAUGGAGGCGCUGGACCUCAGCCCCAUCUAUGACCAAGGCGAAUUGGGAAGACAGCUAGCCCGGCUGCACUUGGCCGACCCCGUACUACCAGAAGCACACCAAGGCAGAUUUGGGUUUUCAAUCGACAACACCAUUGGGGCAACACCACAACCCAAUGGGUGGAUGGAAGACUGGGUAUCCUUUUUCCGAGAGCGACGUUUGAAACAUCAACUGCUGCUCACGGGCGAUUCUGGAUUAAUCGAUCGGGGGAACCGCUUAUGCCUUAGGUUAAACGACCUUUUUGAUGAUAUCAAGGACGACAUUAAGCCUAGUCUACUCCACGGAGAUUUAUGGUCCGGGAACAUAUCCGGCGAAUACGCGGCGCCCGUUAUUUUUGAUCCUGCCUGCUACUACGGACACCAUGAGGCUGACUUUGGAAUGUCAUGGUGCGGCGGCUUCGCUUCGGGGUUUUGGGAAGGUUACCAUGAUCUGAUACCUCGGGCACCGCGAUUUGAGCAACGACAAAAGCUGUACCAGCUAUAUCAUUUUCUGAAUCACUACAACCUGUUUGGUGGGGGGUAUUACGGUAUGGCUGAUUUGAUAUUGGAUCAACUUCUCAAAGAACUGCAGUAG